AGAGAGAGAGAGAGAGAGACACACACACAGGCGGUGAUUCAAAACGCUGGCUCUGUGGAGGGGGACCGAGCAGAACGAGCUGUCACACACAACUCCCGGAGACGCGAGGACCAUCACAGGGGAUAAAUGUCCGCACAUGGCUCCCAUAGUCCCGCGGAACGGACCCCCCCGCAGGUCCGCUGAUUAACAAUCCCGGGUGUCCGGUAGACAACAUGGACUUAUCCGAUGUACCGGCGAUUAAAGUUUGAUACGUGGGGCUGUGUCGAGCUGCCGCCCGCAACACAAAACUCAUGGCGAGCGGCCCGCAGCCAUGACUCCGAUGGACUACAAGUACAGCCUGCUGACCGCCGCCCCGUCCGAUGACUACGGCCAGGGGCCUGUGCUGCUGCUGCACACGGACGCUUCCCCCGGGGGCCUCUUCGGCGUCCUGGAGGUGCGGCGCGGGGACGUGGCGGCGUGGCACCGCAGCGCGCUGGGCUUCCUCAACAGGCUGAAGGUGUGCAGCUUCAUGUGCUUCCUGACCGUCACCUUCCUGGUCACCGCCUCCUACAUGCUGCUGGCCGACCGGAAGGGCCUCCUGCUCACCCCGCCGCCGUACCGCUUCGGCAGCCCGGUCAGCCCAGUCAGCCCGGCGAGCCCGGCCAGCCCGGCGCCCUUGGACUUCAACCUGUCCGCCAGCAGGGACCUGGCCCACGUGCGGCUGGUGGUGAAGUCCAUCGUGGCCAGGGUGGCGUUCCAGAGCAGCAGGCGGCUCCCUGAGCGCAAGGCCCUGGUCAGCAGCGAGCCGCACAUGUUUUCCGUGAUCCCACGCAAGUUCCUGCCCGGCCUCAAGAACCCGUGCUGGUACGAGGAAUACACGGGGAACAUCACAUCGGACCCUUACGGGAACAACAAGUACGACUUCUCGAAGCGCUUCCGCACGCUGCUCAAGUUCUUGAGGAACUCUUUCCGGGAACACUUGUUUCACUGGGACGGUAAAUUGUACCGCACGCGCUGCCUGCCGUACUUCUACAUCAUCGGUCAGCCCAAGUGUGGCACCACGGACCUGUACGACCGCCUGAAGAUGCACCCCGACGUCCGCUUUGGCAUCAGCAAGGAGCCGCAUUGGUGGACUCGCAAACGGUUUGGUAUUGUCCGUCUGAAAGAUGGCGUCCACGACCGCUUCCCAGUGGAGGAUUACCUGGACCUGUUUGAUCUGUCCGCCUUCCAGAUCCAGGACCAGCUGUCGGCCAACGCCAGCCGAGCCCGGGACCUUCCCUACCCCCAGCGCCACAUCAUUAUAGGGGAGGCCAGUGCGUCCACUAUGUGGGACAACAAGGCCUGGACGUACUACAGUGACAACAGCACGACGGAGGAGCCGCCCUACCUGAACCAGGACUUCAUCCACGCCCUGCAGCCUGACGCACGCCUCAUCGUGAUCUUCAGGGACCCCGUGGAGCGGCUCUACUCCGACUACCUUUACUUUGGCGGAACCAAUAAGUCCGCGGAGGACUUCCACGAGAAGGUGUCGGAGUCCCUGCAGCUCUUCGACGGGUGUGUUGCCAUGACCACCAUACGCUCCUGUGUGUACAACUCUACCCUCAACAACGGCAUGCCGAUCAGAAUGCCUGUGGGCCUCUACGUUGUCUUCCUACUAGAUUGGUUGACCAUCUUCCACCGGGACCAGCUGCUGGUCCUGCGCCUGGAGGACCACGCCCUGAACCGGAAGUACACCAUGAAGCGCGUGUUCGACUUCCUCCACCUGGGUCCGCUGACGGAGCAGCAGGAGGCUGAGAUCACCCAGAGCCCGGCCUCCAACACCCGGAAGGAGGCCAACAGGAACCUGGGUCCCAUGCUGGCCAGCACCAGGGACCUCCUGCAGGACUUCUAUAAGCCCUUCAACCAGAAGCUGGCCCAGGUCCUGCACAACAACUCCUUCCUCUGGGACGGCCCAUAGCAGCCGGGGGAACAUCUGCUCCCUCGUGUUGGACUAGGAGAGGGACGCUGGGUAUUAUGGGCUGGCAUCCGGCCGGCUCCCGCAACCCGAAUGCAAUUUUUUGGGUAAUUCUGACUUUGUGUGAGCCGUGUAUUUUUGUGAACACUCCCAGGUGAAGGACUAACACCACGACAAGAAUAACAACGGCAACGAUAAGAAGAAGAAAUACAGAGGGUUUUACUAUUACCAAGGAUUCGACAAAGCAAUAUCGGAAACGCAAAACCCUCCCUCUCUCUCUCACCACUCCUAAGGAUCAUGUAACAGAUGCCGAUAUCCUUUCCACUCCCUCUGAAGUCCCUCCCUCUCUCUCUCGUCACUCCUAAGGAUGUUACAGAUGCCGAUAUCCUGUCCCCUCCCUCUGAAAUCCCUCCCUCUCUGCACUCCAAGGAUGUAACAGACACGAUAUCCUGUUCUGUCCCUCGGAAGUCCCUCCCUCUCUCUCGCCACUAUCUACACAUAGGAAACAGCCGCCUAACUGUUGUGUAGACGAAACCACUGAGUCGUCAAAAACAAGUACCCAAUUGCUAUCGUUUGUUGGUUUCGCUUCUCUGAAAUCGAUGGUACAAAUAAUUUGUUUCAAAGUUAUUUAAUGUAGUGGUGGUGGAGGAGGUGGUGGUGGUGGUGGUGGUGAAUCUACAAUAGAAUACAAUGGGUUGGGCUGAUGCUUUGCUUUUGUCUGUUUGUGUGUACGACAACACAAAUGUAUUUAUGUAUAUAUGUAUAGAGGGAGAACAUUUGAGAGAUUUCAAACUUUCUUUUUUUUGGAUAAAACUGAAUAAAAAAACU